AUGUCAGAAUUCGAUAUCCCAGCUAGACCUUCCAACGUCGGUAUCCUCGGUUUGGAGAUGUACUUCCCUAAGAGAUGUAUCUCAGAAGAUGCUCUCGAGGACUUUGACGGUGUGUCCAAAGGGAAAUAUACCAUUGGUUUAGGUCAAAAGUACAUGGCUUUCACCGAUGACAAAGAGGAUAUCAACUCGGUCGCUCUUACUGUCGUAUCAUCCCUUCUCAAGAAGUACAACGUCGAUCCCCUUUCCAUCGGUCGACUGGACGUCGGUACCGAAACCCUCAUCGAUAAAUCCAAAGCUACCAAGACAAUCCUUAUGAACCUCUUUGCCCCAUCUGGAAAUACCGAUAUCGAAGGUAUCGACUCCAAGAACGCCUGUUAUGGAUCGACCGCAGCCUUGUUCAACGUCAUCAACUGGAUUCAAUCUGAAUCUUGGGAUGGAAGGAAUGCUAUUGUCAUGUGUGGUGAUAUUGCGAUCUACAAGGAAGGUUCCGCUAGACCCGUUGGUGGUAUGGGUGCUUGCGCCAUGUUGAUUGGACCAAAUGCUCCGUUGGUGAUCGAGCCCGUCCACGGUACCCACAUCGCCAACACUUGGGAUUUCUACAAACCUGAUCUUUCAGCUGAAUACCCCACCGUGGACGGACCAUGGACCAUCGCCGCCUACCUUGGAGCCCUCGAUGCCGCUUACUCUACAUACCUUGAAAAAGCCCAGAAAUCGCGAGCUAGAGCAGCCAAGAAACUCUCCCUCGCCUCUGUGACUGCCGCCGUAUCAGAUAUCGCCGGUGCCGCCAAGACUUUCGUCAACGGUAUAAACGGAGAUGCUACCAAUGGUGUCAAUGGUCAUGCUCAGAACGGUGUUGAGAGCAAGGAAGUUCAAGGUAUUGAACAGUUUGAUUAUGUCUGUUUACACAGUCCCUAUGGUAAACUCGUCCAGAAAGGACACGCUCGUAUGUUCUACAAUGACUACAUCCGAAACCCUUCAUCACCCAAAUUCGCCAACGUGCCCGAGACCAUCUCCGUCGAGAAGACCAAGACAUAUACGGAUAAAGUGGUCGAGAAGACUUUCGUCGGUAUCGCCUCGGAACACUACAAAUCCGCUGUCGUACCAGGAUCAGACUGCGUGGCUAGAUGUGGUAACAUGUACACUGCCUCUUUGUACGGUGCUCUUGCUAGUGUUCUUGCCAGUGCUCCCGAGGGUUUAGAGACCGGUAAACGAAUUGGAAUGUACGCUUUCGGUUCAGGUUGUGCCGCUUCGUUCUACGCUUUGAGAGUUGUCGGAUCCACCAAAGAGAUUGCCGGUAAAUUACAGUUGAAGGAGAGAUUGGCUUCUAUGGAUGUUAGACCUUGUGAAGAAUACGUUACUGCCUUGAAGCUCCGAGAAGAGAACCACAACGCUGUCAAAUACUCACCUCAAGGAUCGAUCGAUAACAUCUGGCCAGGUGCUUACUACUUGGAAGGUGUUGAUGAGUUGUACAGAAGAACUUAUGCCGUUAAACCUGUUGCCUAA